GCAGUAGUCAGACCCUAUUGAGUUUCUUCCCGUGUCACCACUGCACACCAUUAACAAGCAAAAUGAAGUUAUUUUUGCCAGUUACCAUUACACUGAGUGCUAUUAUUGUUUUCGUUGUCGCUGCACCCAAUGCAGAACCUUCUAGUCUGGCACAAGAUCAACAAGUACAAGACGCUGAAAACCAGGAGGCCGUAGACUCUGCUGAAGUGAACGUUGCCACACCAACAGUAAUUUCUAAAGAAGACCUUAGUAAAGCAACCCUUGAUAAAAAGGCACCUACAGUACCUCUUGGUGCAGGCGUUGCUUUGCCUGUCAAAGCCAUAAUCGCCAAAAAAUCUCGACAUGCAAACACUAAAGCUAAAUCAAAGUCUAAAUCUCCGAAAACGUCUGCCUCAGAAAAGGUGCCCACAAAGGCAGGGCCACCUGUGAAUGUAAAAACAUCUGCCAAAAUAGGGACAGAAUCUGAACAAACAAUACCAGCCACAGAAGAUGAAAACCCUGCUACAUUAGAGCCAGAACCCAAACCAGCAACACCUGUGGAUGUAAAAACAACUGAUCUGUUUUUACCAGCCACAGUAGAACUAACAGCCGAUGAAGGGAUAACUCAACAGAGAAAAGCAGAAGAGAAGACAGCACCUGCUAAGGUUGAUAUGACUUCAAAAGUAGAAAUUCUAGAAGUAACUGAAGCAACUAAAGGAAAAUCAGAUACUGAACAAUCUGGUCAAGUUGAACCAUCCCCUCAACCAACUGAAGAUAAACCCACUCCCAAACAACCUGCCGAAGAUAAACCCACUCCCAAACAACCUGCCGAAGAUAAAUCGAUUCCUGUCCAUCCUACAAAUGUUAAACCAACUCCUGACCAACCUCCUUUUAAGCCAACUCCUGAACAACCUCCUUUUAAGCCAACUCCUGAACAACCUCCUUUUAAACCAACUCCCAAACAACCUGCCAAAGCAAAACCAACUCCUAAACAACCUGUCGAAGAUAAACCAACUCCCAAACAACCUGCAAGAUAAACCAACUCCCAAACAACCUGCUAAUACUAAACCAACGUCUAAAGAGCCUGCCAAGCAACCUGCCGAAGAUAAACCAACUCCUAAACAGCCUCCCAAAGGAAAACCAACUCCUAAGCAACCUGCUGAAGAUAAACCAACCCCAAACAACCCGCUAAUACUAAACCAACGCCUAAACAGCCUGCCAAGCAACCAGCUGAACAUAAACCAACUAAGCAUCCUGCCAAAGGAAAACCAACUCCAAGGCAACCUGUAAAGGUUGAACCAGCUCUAAAACAACCUGUCAAAGGGGUAGGAACGACUAAGGCAUCUACAACGAAGCCGAUUCCUCAUCCCAUAGAGAAGAAACCAGUGCCUCCGCUUGCAGUGGCUCAGAUCUCAAAGCAUGAGAAGGAUAAGGCAAAACUACCUGCGAAGAAACAGCCUGUUACGCAUCCCAAGGCGAUUCCAGCCGAGUAUAAUCAGGCCUUUGACGAUGGAAGCGAGGACGACAAAAGUAUGAGUCCCCACACCAAGGUGGGCCUCGUAUCCGUUGUCAUCAUCGUUCUGGCAAUCACAUCCACUGUGGUCGGAGUGUGGUACAGGAAAAUCAGCCUUAACCAGCAAAGAUACCGGUACCAUUCUCUUCUCACUGACAACGACGAGGAGUUCAGCGUAUUCAAUAGAACGGCCUACCACUCCAUAGACGCGGGUUCCUACGACUCCUGGAAGGAACACAACUACUAACAUUGAAGAACAAGACAGUAUUCCAUUUCACUCUCUCUCUUGGUAAUGAUCAUUAUGUAUUACCGAUUAAGUAUGUUGAUUAACAAUGUGGAAUACACUUUACUUUUGAGAGAUGUGGAGAAGUGAAGAUGUGCAACACUGAAAUGUCAUUGUUGCUGGAUGGCGGACUGUGGAUGACUGAAGGUUAGAAACUAUGUCGCAGUCUUAGUAAAUUAGAUCGUCAUAUAUGCUAUACAAUAGGGAUUCCCAAACUUUCCUUUUAUGUGGCCCCCGAACAGCGUAUACACGUAUAGCCAGACACACACAUAUGUCCGUAAACUCCAUCGUUACUGUUAUCUUUUCAGAUUUAGUUUUUAACAGUUUUGAAUAGUUUACUGGUCCCAUUAGCUAUAGGGCAAGGAGAUAAUUUUUCAGCUUAUUGAUAUGGGAAAGACCUAUGUAGGCCCUGCACUACAUCUGAAUUCGAACUCUUUAAUUUCACCAUGGUCAGUGGCUUCCAAGUUUGUAACUUUACAAAUGAUUAGUAUUCGAUAGUCUGUAAGGAGUGAUGAUCAACAGGACUUGUAAAUACUGUUAUUUUAACUGUCAUAUUGUUCCCUCGACCGAAAUUUAACUUUAUUGUUUGCAGGUUAUUUAUUUAUUUUUUUUUCAUCUUCAAUACUUAUUCAUCAUGAAGUUAUUACAUGAUACUCCCGUAACAACAAUACUCAGAAGAAAUUUUGUAUCAAUCGAAAUAUUCGUCAUGAUUACAAUUAUGGUUUUAUUGUGAUAUAGUUGUUGUCUUUGAAUGGACAUGGUAAACAAUUGUAUCUGGCAAACCAGGGUGAAUUUUGUUUUAUCAGUAACAUCGUUGUAUUGUAUUAGUCAGUUCCUCAAUUAAUUCCUCAAAGAGCUCAGUGAUCAAAUAUUGUUCUUUCAGGUAUCUAGUUCAUAGAAAAAAAUAUAUUUGUUUCUUCUUAUUUCUUUUUGAAUGUCGCAGCUAUACUUGUCUCGUGAUUUUUGUAGUGUACAUUUUCUUACCUUCACAAAUACUACACUCAUGUUGAUAAAAUGUUAUUCUUUCAUUUCACAGUAUAACCUUGUAUACACAUUUCUCUUAGCAAUAAGGACCUUGAAAUAAACUUGCUUCUUAAGUAAAUUACA